AUGAGGGGCCGCUAUGAUCACCGCAGACCCCCUGUUCCGAGCUCGGUGUACCGCACAGACCCCGUACACAGCAGCCCGGAGUACGACGGAGGUGCCGCGUCUUCCCUGUCCUCCCUGUCCUCCCUCGCAGGGCGCUGGGCAAGCACCCUGCGCAGCUCCAUUCUCCUCCUGGGCUCCCUUGCCUGCGCAACCCUUGCCGUGGUGGGCUGCCUCCUGCUGGGCUACCUGCUCCUCACCCGAGCCCUCACCCCUGAGCGGCACAGCCAUGUGCGCACGCUGCACCUGGAUUUUUCGAGUGGGGACAUGCUGGCAGAGGCAGUGUUCCUGCCAAAGAAACGCAUCGAGGACGAGGGGCUGCUGACGACGCUGCCGCGCGAUCUGAGGUUCUUGCCCCCCGGGGAAGCCAUUGAUGUCUCGCUGGAGCUGCGGGUGCCGGGCACGCGUUUUGAGGGCGGCAUGGUCCAGGCCGUGGCGGAGCUGCAGACCGCAGAUGGCAGGCUGGCGGCCCGAACCAGCUCCGCCAUCCGGCUGCACGGGCGGCGACGCAGCCUCUGGUCCUUUGCUACGGCACCAUAUCGAUGGGUUGGGGUGUUGGGCGACGCACACAUCAUCAAGGUCCCGCUGUUCAUCCGAUACUCUGAGAAGGCAGGCCUACCCUUUGUACGCUUUAAAGCUGCGCUGAAGUCACCUCACGCCAAGUGGGUGCCGGAGAUCCUGUCCGCUCAAGUGCGUGUGAACGUGCGGCUGGGCCUGGUGCGAGGAGCGCUAUACUGGAUCAGACCCAACGUCUUGCUGGGACUGCUGCUGGCAGCAGGCGCAGUGUGCGCGGCGGUGGGCGGCUCCAUCACCUCCCUCGUGUUCCUCGGGCUCUGGAUUCAGUCGUGUGGGGGCCGGGGGAAGGGGCCAGCUGUGGAACCAAGUGCUGAAUCCCAGGCAGAUGAGGCGGAGUUGCUGCAAGGGCACCACGCGGAGCAGGCCUCGGACGUUGACUCAGAGGCGCUGGAAGAUCCUGGAUGCAGUGCAAGUCAGGUGGAUGGCAAGGCCUGGGAUGCCCACCCGUUUACAGACCGCAGCUCUCCCUUUGAGGGCAUGAAGUCGAGGGAUGCUCUCCGCAAGCGAUUUUGA